AUGCCAACCAUAAUAAAUGGCUACCUAAACGGCGAUCGUCGGCGCUACGCCCCUAGUGAAUUGAUCUCCCGCGUUUUCUACCUCGCUCGCCAUCCAUUUCUCCUCACCAUCCGCGAGAUCACGCUCGGCAUAUACCUCGCCUACAUUGCAUACAUUACAUACUACACCUGCCGGAGCAUCGCGUUCCUGCUAUUCCAAGAGGACGGGAGACAUAUGUGGUGUCCCUCGGCACCACCACCGGAGUGGGGCCCGCCGCCACCAGGGUGGAAGAUGACUUGGAGGAUAUGUUUCCGGUCCUUACGAUGGAUGGUCCUGAGGAGACUGUGGGCCUGGAUGUAUGAGGUUUUCGCGUGGGGGUUUGUGGGCGUUGUGGCGGCGUUUAUUUUGGAAGUACUGCUCGAGCGAUGA